CAACUGUCAAUUGAUUCAUCGUUGACAUCCUGAACAAUACAAAGCAAAAGCAGAAUUUUUGUUCUUUUUUACUGUGCAUCUGUUAAUAAAUUUGUAAAAAACAAUGAGUGGUGAACAAGUUAAGGAUUCAAAAAUGAAUGAAAAACUCAUAGCAGAGUUUCAACAGCUUCGCAAUGAGCAAAGAAACUUGGUCAACAAUCUAAAUACAUUGGAAAUGGAUCUUAAAGAACACAAAACUGUGAUAGACACCCUUAAAACUGUGGAUCCUGAUCGUAAAUGUUUUCGUCUAAUUGGCGGUGUUUUGUGUGAACGUACCGUUAAAGAAGUCUUACCUCAACUAGUAGAAAAUAAGGAUUUUAUUGAGAAAACCAUAACACUGGUCACAGAUGAUUUAACCAAAAAAGGAUUACAAAUCAAUAAAUUCAAGGAGGAACAUAAUAUUAGAAUACGUGGUGAACAGUUGGCCGGUGCAGAUGGUCAAAAGUCGCAAGCAGAUGAAAAGAAAUCAGAAAAUCGUAAUGUAUUAGUAUCUAACUGAAGAACCUCCAAAAUAUAAACAAAAUACAAAAAAAAAAGAAAAACACGUAGUGGAAGUGAACUUAACAAUGUUUAAAGUGUCGGGGUAGAAAGACACCUGGUACUUAUUUAACAUAAUUUCUUUAAAUUAUUGAAGCAAUCACUUUUUGUUUUUCAUAAAAUGGCCUCAAUUAUAAAAGUCAUAUUUGCAAAAGAAUUAUAAUUUAUUUUAUGUUUAUUAGUUUAUAAAACUAAUAUGUUAAAAAAAAAUAUAUUAACUUGAAUAAAAAAAAAACAAAAUUAACACAAUAUACAUAGGUA